UUCCUUAUUCCUACUUGGAAAAAGCAUGCGAAUCUUCAUUGUCUAUGCUUUCUUACCUUGGAUCCAAAAACCUCAAAAAACCUUCACUUCUUUUUCACCUUAGCCUCAAUUCCCCUUAAUCCUCCAUGGGCAAAGGCGGCGGCUGCGUCCCGAGCAAAAAAAAACAUCCCUCCUCGGCCGAAGAGGCCGCCCGCCACCGUGGCUCCACUACCACCACCAUCACCAACAACGCACCCAUCGUUGCCGAUGAAGAAAUCAACGAAACUCCCUCCGUAACGGUGGAUUCUACGAAUACUCAAUCGGUUACAGCCACUUUGAAAAUCUUCAUUGUUUUUUACUCCAUGUACGGUCACGUGGAGAAGCUGGCGAAGCGGAUGAAGAAAGGAGUCGACGGCGUCCAAGGUGUCGAGGCGGUUAUUUAUCGGGUUCCCGAGACGCUUCCGGCGGAUGUGCUUGAGAAUAUGAAGGCGCCACCUAAAGACCCGGAGGUUCCGGAGAUUCAGGCGGCGGAAUUGGCGGAGGCAGAUGGGCUUUUGUUUGGGUUUCCGACGAGGUAUGGGUGUAUGGCGGCUCAGAUGAAGGCGUUUUUCGACUCCACUGGGCAGCUUUGGAAGGAGCAGACGCUGGCCGGGAAACCGGCUGGAUUCUUUGUUAGUACUGGAACUCAAGGAGGCGGCCAAGAAACCACCGCUUGGACAGCAAUAACUCAGUUGGCACACCAUGGAAUGCUAUUUGUUCCCAUUGGCUACACUUUUGGAGCUGGUAUGUUCAAAAUGGAUUCCAUACGAGGAGGUUCACCUUAUGGUGCUGGAGUUUACGCUGGUGAUGGCACGAGAGAGCCUACUGAAACAGAGCUGGGCCUUGCAGAGCAUCAGGGGAAGUACAUGGCUAGUGUGGUCAAGAGGCUUUCUCAUGCUUGACAUUCCCCACACUUGGGGAUCCCAUUUUCUUAUCAAUGUUCAUAAAUUGGAAUGUGUUUUGGUUUUGUGGCUGGGCUUGGCAUUUCUCCUUUUUCCAUCAGCACCAAAAGAUGUCACCUAAUAUUGGUAUUCCUUUUUGCCAAUUCCAUUGAGAAAGAUGUACAUGAUUUGAUAUUCUUCCGUCCUGGCUUAUCAAAUAAGAUGUCGGUAUGUGGGAAUUGGGAUUCUUCGUUUGUAUAAUUUUCUCCUUGUAAUACACUCAAAGCUUUGGUUUAAUAAGAUUUCAUGUUCUUUUUUCUAGUCAU